AUGACCCCAAGGAUCCUUGGUCCGGGGAAGGGUAUCAGUUUGUCCCGGAGUUCAACCCCCACCCGGUUAAUUCAGGGGAAAGGUGGCGAACACACGCGGAUCCUCUCAAUCUACCGGCGGCGGGACAGACCUUGGCCGUUCCUGGAGCCCCGACUCGAUCUCAGUCCUCCCACAGGUGUCAGAACUGUGGACGCGUCUACUUGA